UAAUGCAUUAGUUAGAGGUGAUAGUACUAUUACAAAAAAAAUCAAUGAGACGUCCUAUAUUUCUGGCAUUCUGCAAGUAUAUGAGGUUGACACACUUUACAGUUUACAGUGUACAAAUUUGAUGUCAAUGGUGCAAGUUGCUGAAGUCAUUUCAGCUUUCUGAGGUCCUAACUUAAUAAUUGCACUUUUGUUUUGAUGUGGUAUGGUUGUGGGCAUUCAUUUUUUCCAUGUCUUUGGUUUCUUUCUUUCUUUCUUCCUUCCUUUUUUUUUCUCUGGUUUAAAAGAUAGAACAACAACUACUUGACUCCAACUCCAAAACCUCUAUCUUUCUUGUUUCAAUCAGAUUGUCAGAAUUGGGAAAAACCCAUGUUGGAAUUCUCAAGUUCUUGCCACAAAAUCCAUCUACAGGUGAGAAGUACAUGUGAAACAUAUGUGGGAUGAUCUGAACACAAGAGAUAGUUGUUGAAGAAAUGGGGCUCAAUUUAUCUUUUGUAAAUAAAACUUUGAUGCUAUGGCUGCCGGGAUUGCUUUGGGUGUUGCCCGCCUUGUUGGUGGUUUGUAUAGACACAAAUGGGAGUACUUCGAGUGUUGGUGUAAGACCGAAGGAGUUGAACGUUGGAGCUCUUUUCACACUGAAUUCAGCCAUUGGGAAGGCAGCCAAGCCUGCCCUUUUUGCUGCAAUUGAUGAGAUUAAUUCGGAUUGGAGCGUUCUGAAAGGCACCAAACUGAAUUUGAUCUUGCAUGACACUAAUUGCAGUGGAUUUCUUGGGACUGUUGAAGGUAAGAUUUCUCUGUUGUUUAAGUAUCUGUCUUUCUUUUACCAUUAAUUUUCUGUCUUCAAAAAAUCAAAAUGCCAGCAUCACUUUAGAGGUCUUAUGAUGAGUACAAAAAUGGCAACAUCAAGUCCUCUGUUUCGAGUGUUUGGACGUGUCUUAUUAGUGAAGUAAAAUAAUGUCUGUUUUAGAAAGACUGGAGUCUAAUAGUUGGUUAUGCAUGUGCAUUGCGGUUUCUUUUUGUUCUAUAAAUUGCACACGGUGAAAAAAGGAUGAACAAUUCUCACUGUAUUUAAGGACAUUUUAAUCUUGUUACUAGAAAAGUUGUAAUGGCAUGAUUUUAUUAUUCUGAGUUCCAUGUUUACCGCUGAACUAGUUUCUUGAUCUCUUUCUGCCUUUGCUGCUUGGAAAGACUACAAGAUAUUUUAUCUCUUACUUUUGGGAAGUGAUUAUUCGAUUUUAUUGCCGUAGUUCGGAAAAUGUUAUGCGUUAUGCUUCUUCAUAUAGAAUCAGCAGGCUCCAUUUCAUGGUAAACAUUUAUGUUUCUUCCCUUUUACAUUCUGUGUAGAAUAUACACUAUAUAGGUUACUGGUCCACUGAACUAUUUGAACUGUAAUAUUAAUUUGUCUGAAUGAGACCAGAUGACGUUUUCUGUAAUGAUGAUCAAAGGAACAUGCGAAGCAAUUUACAAAAAGUUCUUCCAUUUUAACUCUAUUUUUUUUCCUACAAGCACAACAACUCAUUCUGUGGGAACUCUCAUAUUCGCCUAGGAUAUAUUGUUAUCUUGAGUAGAAUAAGAAAGUCCAUCUUGUUGGUCGAAGACUGAACUUUCAAUGAUAACUGAUUAUAGCAUGUGCAAACAUUGAUUGAAGUAGAGAAAGCUGAGAUAUGAUGCAUCCUCACUUUGUGUAGCUUUGCAGCUGAUAGAGAAAGAUGUCGUUGCUGCGAUCGGUCCACAAUCAUCUGGAAUUGGCCAUAUUAUAUCUCAUGUUGUUAAUGAACUUCAUGUACCACUUCUAUCCUUUGGGGCGACGGAUCCAACUCUUUCAGCUUUGCAGUACCCUUAUUUCUUGCGCACAACUGUGAGUGAUUACUUUCAGAUGUAUGCAGCUGCUGAUAUAGUGGAAUAUUUUCAAUGGAAAGAAGUAAUUGCAAUCUUCGUUGAUGAUGAUUAUGGACGUAAUGGGAUUUCUAUCUUGGGAGAUGCACUCGCAAAGAACCGAGCGAAAAUAUCUUACAAGGCUGCACUUACCCCAGGAGCCACCAGAAGUGAGAUGGAUGACUUGUUAAAUGAAGUGAAUUUAAUGGAAUCACGAGUUUAUGUUGUACAUGUGAAUCCGGAUAGUGGUCUCAUGCUCUUUUCAGCAGCAAAAAGUCUUGGUAUGAUGACUUCUGGCUAUGUUUGGAUUACUACUGAUUGGCUUCCUACUGUUUUAGAUCUAUCUGAAGCACUGCCCCAGGAGACUAUGGAACUCAUACAAGGUGUUGUUGCUCUGCGUCAUCAUACACCUGAUUCUGAUGGCAAAAAGUGGUUUACAUCUCAGUGGAAAAAUUUGAAGGGUUCAGAAACCUCUAGCUUCAAUUCUUAUGCACUUUAUGCUUAUGACUCAGUAUGGUUACUGGCUCGCGCACUUGAUGUUUUUUUCAACGAAGGGGGGAAUAUCACCUUCUCUGAGGAUCCUAGCUUGCAUGACACGAAUGGAAGUGCACUUCAUUUGACAUCCCUCCAUGUAUUUGAUCAAGGGAAGAAAUUACUCCAGACACUUCUCUCUAUGAACUUCACAGGUUUGACAGGUCUAGUUCGGUUUGAUUCAGAAAAGAAUUUAAUAAAUCCUUCAUUCGAUAUUCUCAACGUUGGAGGAACAGGGGUACGAACAAUAGGCUAUUGGUCUAAUCAUUCCCAUCUUUCUACUGUUGCACCGGAGCUUUUAUACAUGAAGCCUCCAAAUAUUUCAGUUAGCAAUCAACAUCUCUAUGGUGUGAUAUGGCCUGGUGAAGUGACAGAAAAGCCUCGGGGUUGGGUUUUCCCCAACAAUGGGAAGCCUCUCAGAAUUGCGGUUCCAUACCGAGUUACUUAUGAGGAAUUCGCCACUAAAGACAAAGGACCAUCUGGGGUGAGAGGAUACUGCAUUGAUGUAUUUGAAGCUGCAGUGAACCUGUUGCCAUAUGCUGUCCCUCAUACUUAUAUACUGUAUGGAGAUGGCCGGCGAAAUCCCAUGUACAGUAAUAUUGUCUAUGAUGUUUCACAAAAUGUAUAUGACGCAGCUGUUGGGGAUAUAACGAUUACUACUAAUAGGACAAGAAUUGUAGAUUUCACUCAGCCUUAUAUGGAAUCUGGACUAGUAGUAGUUGCUCAAGUCAAAGAGGUUAAAUCUAGUCCAUGGUCUUUCCUUAGGCCGUUUACCUGGCAAAUGUGGUGCGUUAGUGCAGCUUUUUUCCUGUUUGUGGGUGCUGUUGUUUGGAUUCUUGAGCACCGGAUGAAUCACGAGUUUCGUGGUCCACCAAGUCAGCAACUUAUCACAAUCGUGUGGUUCAGUUUCUCAACAAUGUUUUUCGCACACAGGGAGAACACAGUUAGCGCCCUCGGACGUUUAGUGCUCAUUUUAUGGCUUUGGGUAGUUCUAAUCAUCAACUCCAGCUAUACGGCUAGUUUGACAUCAAUUCUAACAGUUCAGCAGCUUACAUCAAGGGUCAAAGGGAUUGACAGUUUGGUUUCCAGUUCAGAUCCUAUAGGAAUCCAGGAUGGAUCCUUUGCAUAUAACUACCUCACUGAAGAACUGAAUAUUGCAGAAUCAAGGAUUCGAAUUCUAAAAAGCCAGAAUGAUUAUACUGAUAUGCUUGAGAAAGGUCCUAACAACGGUGGUGUUGCUGCUAUAGUUGAUGAGCUACCAUACGUUGAACUGUUCUUGACCAGUACCAAGUGUAACUUCAGAAUUGUCGGACAGGAAUUUACAAAAAGCGGCUGGGGAUUUAUAUUUCAAAGAGACUCUCCUCUUGGAGUUGAUUUGUCUACUGCGAUCCUUCAACUAUCAGAAAACGGUGAUCUUCAAAGAAUCCAUGACAAAUGGUUAUCUCGCGAUGGAUGCUCAGCACAAACAGACCCAAUUGACGACAACCAACUCUCUCUUACGAGUUUUUGGGGCUUGUUCUUGAUCUGUGGCAUCGCGUGCUUUAUUGCCCUCAUUUUUUUCUCCUGUAGAGUAUGCUGUCAAUACCGGAGGUUCAACACUGAUGGGGAUGAACGGGGAAUUGAGGAUCCUGAAUCUCGGGAGACUAAUCGACGUAGCAGCAUGCGUGCAACUAGCUUCAAGGACUUGAUAGAAUUCGUGGACAAGAAAGAAACUGAAGUUAAGGAGAUGCUUAAGCUUAAGCGUAAGAGCAGCGACCAAAGGCGAGCUUCAAGCACGUGCUCAGAUGGGCAGCCAAGCUUAACCCCAUGAAUCCCUUUUGGGUAAUCUAUGUUUCUCCACAAAUGCAGAACCAAUCUUCAUUUUGUGGUACAAUGUGUUCAUGAAUGCCUAUCAGUCACAUACUAGUUAUAGCAUUUUGACACACAACUUAGGAUACUGAAAAGGAAAAUGUGUUUGCUACAAAACUUAAUUAGUCGGAAAAUAUACGCCCAAUGUGGCCUAGAGAAAUGUAUAUUACCUUUUUGGCAUAUAGUUGAACCAGAACAUAAAUUUAUUCUUGUCACCUUGCAAACGAACUUUCAAUGGAUCAGUUAAAAAAAAGAAAUGACCACAUUUGCCGCUCUAUAAAUAAUGAGGACUACGAUUGGAAAAUAGUGAAACAUGAAGGACCAAAACAUAGAUUCUUAGUAGGGUCUAUGAUCAUGGUCUCCAAGUCGAGGCGGGACUUAGAUUCAAGGAGGUACAACUUGAAUUGGAUUGUUUGGGAAUAUGCUGAUCUUUAGACUAUUGAAGACGAUGAGGUCGUUCAUAGCAAGGUCUUCUAUAGUAUUAGAGGCUUAUUAAAUAUGAGGAUCGACCUCCGGUUGGAGUUCGUUAUCACUACUGUACAUAAUGUAAUAUAUGGAUUACAUGUCUCCAUAAUAUUGUAAUUUGAUAAUUUAAGCCUUAGACUACUCUCUCUUUUUCUUUUUAAAUU